AUGCUUCGUGUAUUGGAGGAAUGCAAGGCCUCGGUCCAAAAAUCUCUCCAAGGACUUGACUACGUGGCCGCAGACGGUGCGCGUGCCUUUGAAGACUUAGAGAAUUUAGUCCGCCGACUUGGAGAGCUCGGUCUCGGGAAAGAGUGGGAGUUGCAGAACGUGGAAUUGCUCAAGGGUUCAAAAUUAUACCUUAAAAGUGAUUUUAAGGUAAGGCUUAAUUAAAAAUAAUAAUACCGUAUUUUUUCGAAUAAGCGCCCAACCUCGAAAAAGCGCCCACCUCGAUUAGGUGCCCAGCCUCGAAAAAGUGCCCACCCCCUUUUCCUCCCACGCAAACUAAAAUAAGCGCCCACCACCACCCCACCCCUUCCCCCCUCUAACCCCCCGAAAAAUAAAGUACUCAAGAGACUUCUUCGAAGGCGGAGUUUUCUUCAGAGUAUUUUACAGAAACCUUUUGUUACAUCUUCGCGUUUGGUACUACCAUUUAUUGUUUUGUUACAAAAUAAACAUACUACUUUUGCUGAAAAUGGUGAAAAUUUAAUAAGCGCCCAGCCUCGAAUAAGCGCCCACUCUCAAGGUCCAAAAAUUUAAUAAGCGCCCAGGGCGGUUGAUCGAAUAAAUACAGUAAUUGGAAAGAAUUUAAUCAUUCUUUACAAAGACUUUAAGUAUAAAAUUUAAAGAAUGAUUUUAAUUGUCACGAUUUGUCACAAUAAAUGCUGUGUGUUUUAAACAUCUUACAGGUCCACGUGUGUUCUUCAUCUGAGAUUGCGAGUCAUUGCAGUGUGUUUGCCUUAAGUGACUCCACCAGUCCUGAUCUGCAGCAGCAGUGUAGCCACAAACACGAAGAAUGCUGUGAGCAAUGUGAGAUCCUGCACUCAACUCUUCAGAACAUUUCCUCUGCAGUAGAAAGAGCAUCGUUUGCCACGCAAGAUGACAAAGAAGAGGCCCUGUUCUUAGUCAACGCUUCUGUGCUUGCCAUCCAGUCAUGGAAAUGUCAUCUGCUGAGGUCGGCUCACCAGGACCAGGCUCGUUUGGACGCUAUCGACGCUCUUGAUCAGGAGACAGUUUUUAUCGUCAACGACUGGGCGAUGAAGUUUCUUCCUCAUAGAUACCGUGAGUCCCAAACGGACUGGUUUGGCAAGCGUGGGUUAUCAUGGCACAUAUCGGUGGUGUACAGACGGAAGGAGGAGGAACUACAGUGGCAAGCCUUUAUCCACGCAGUUCAGUCCUGCAGCCAGGGGAGUUCAGCUGUGGCAUCCAUAAUGCAUCAUGUCUUGGAAACACUCAAGCACGAGCACCCUGAGAUAAACAAAGCCUACUUCAGACAAGACAACGCAGGCUGUUACCACUCCACUCGCACGAUACUAGCAUGCAGAGAGAUGGCAGCGAGCACUGGAGUAAAAGUAGUCCGCGUAGAUUUUAGCGAUCCCCAAGGCGGAAAAGGGGCAGCAGACCGGCUGGCUGCAAGCUGUAAAAGACAUAUCAGGGCGUUUAUUGAUGAAGGCAAUGAUGUUUGCACUGCCGAUGAGCUUAAAGACGCAUUAUUAUCGCAUGGUGGAUUGAAAGGUGUAAGAGUUGUUUCCCUUGAUACGAUCAUCGAAACACCUGACAGUGGGCAAACUAUUACUGGCAUUACAAAACUGAACAAUUUUGAGUUUAGCUCUACAGAGUCUGUUACCUGUUGGCGUGCGUAUUGUGUUGGUCGCGGAAAAAUCAUCAAUCCAGGAUCUUCAUCAAGUAAGUAUGGGAAUUAAAACUAAAAGUGAGCUACUGAGAAUUAAUGUAUGAGUUGUCGCUAAAUUUAAGUUCUGUAUUAAAAUGCAAAAGUGUAAGACCCUUACUUUAUUGGAGAACCUUACCAUACAAUAAUUAUCUGCAAGUACAUGUAUCAGAUAUCUUUGGAGUCCCACGCAAUAUUCUUGGUUCUGAUAAAUGAAGAAAUGAUUGUCGCAGUUGUAAGAGCAAUUUAAAGAAUUACCAUUUUGUUCAAUUUUUUGGGUGGCUUAAACGGGAAAACCCAUAACUUCUACGUACGUUAGCGCGGCAGCGCUCUACUAACCGAGCUGUGAAUACCCAUGUAUUGGGAACAUACGUUUAUUUCUGUCAUGUUUGCUUUAAAAACUUAUAAAUGAUUUGAAAAAGAAAUCAGAAAACAACUCUUUAUUGGUAUUAAUUUAUUUACCUAAGGUCCUCGAUACCAAGUACUUCAGAAAUCAUUCUCCGAAGGAGAUUUUACUUCCUUCCGAUGUAAAUCUGAAGAACAGGUUGGACAGACAGCUUCAACAUCAGCAACUGUGGCCGAGCCAUCUGGUGGCAUUUCUUCGGAAGACAGUGACCUAUCCACAGGGGUUUAUUCCUGUCCUCAAGACGGCUGCGUUCGUGUGUUCCAAAGAGUGUCUGCUUUAGAGAAACAUCUGUCUGUAGAAAAAUGUUCCCGAUCCCCGGAAAAAUAUUCUCUAAUGGAUUUAGCGAAAAUGGGGUACAAGACCCAUUUGGAAGAAGGUGUUGGCAUAUUGCCCUCUCUUAAAGCCCCAGUUGCUCACCAGGAGGGUCACUUUGUACCAAAUGAGGGAUGGGCCCUCAGAGCAGCAAAGAAGGCGUAUAGAUUCUGCGAAAAGCAAAAGUCUUACUUACUGGCGAAAUUCUCUAUUGGUCAAACAACGGGCCGUAAGCUUGACGCCGAGGUUGUGGCGAGGGAAAUGAGACGCGCCCGUGGAGCAGAUGGUGUGCGACUUUUCCAGUCCUCAGAAUUCCUAACCAGCUGGCAGAUUGCGUCCUUCUUCUCAAGGCAAAGCGCUACACUACGGCAAAAGGACCCAGCAGAUGAAGCCGAUAUCCGGGCAUCUCAAGAGGAAGCUAACUUUAGUGCAGCGAAGGAGGUGGUUGAAACUAUUCAGCUCAACCAUCCUCUGGUAUACGAUCAGUACAACCUAUGUGAGAUGGCGCUCAGUGGUAACUUGAAAGUCCUCAAGCUACCGAUGCUUCAGCGCUUGUGCGAGGAUCUCGGCCUUGAUGCACCUGUCCCGCCUGUGCGCAAGAAGGCUCCAUACUUGGCACUCUUAGAGGAAAUAGCCAAACAGUGCACAUGCCGAAAGUAA